AAAGACAUAAAGUUUUGCCUCCUUUUUUUUUUCUUCUGUAUAAAUCUAAAGUCAAACAGACUUUUUCUUCUUUCUCUCUUCUUUCAUCCCAUGCUUGAAAGAAUUGAUACGACAGUUCAUAAGGAUUUAGAGCCCAUUCAAACAGGCUCUACAUCAAAGACAUUGACUGGAAGUGGAUUCUUUGAUGAUAAAGAAGAAAAACACCUUGAUAUCACAAACGAAUUAGAAGAACCAAUACUAGAUGAUCAUGAUCUUUUGUCUACUAUAACAGACAAGGAAGCAGAAUUCAAGAAAAUCACACAUAUCAUUGAUGUACGAAUGCUGCCAUUGUUUUGUAUUUUUUAUUUUAUGGAUUAUUUGGAUCGUGCCAACAUCGGCAAUGCAACAUUAGGUGGUAUUCAACAUGAUUUGCAUUUGACACCACAAGAAUUAAGUACAGCGAUUUCAGCCUUUUAUAUUACUUAUAUCAUUUUCGAAGUGCCGUCAAAUAUCGUCUUAAAACGUACGAACCCAGUCAUGUGGUUAUCACUUAUCAUGUUGCUCUGGGGAGUCAUGACACUAGUGAUGGCCUUUGCUAAAAACUUUGCUAGUCUGCUCAUAUGCCGAUUGUUACUUGGCGCUGCUGAAAGUGGCUAUAUUCCUGGUAUUCUCUAUAUGAUGUCUCGAGUCUAUCGUCCUAGUGAAUUCGGUUUGCGUAUUGCUUUCUUGAUCAGUAUGGCGUCUAUUUCAGGUAUUGUGUCUGGCCCAAUUGCAUAUGGCACUGCUUUCCUUGAAGGACAAAAAGGACUUCAUGGCUGGCAAUAUCUGUUUAUUUUAGAAGGGGUGCCUACUAUUUGUUUAAGCGUUGUUUCCUAUUUCUAUUUGUUUGAUGAUAUCAAGAACGUCCAUUGGUUGUCCCCGGCGCAAAAGGUACUGCACCGUCAAACCACAAAUACGUCCAGCCAAGAACAAACACAAGUGACAUGGAGGAAUAUCCUUAGUGCCACAAUGGAUUGGAAGACAUGUUUGUUUUCUACUGUGUACUUCUUGAAUGCCAUCAAUAUGGUCAGUUACCAUGUCUUUUUGCCAACCAUUAUUGAUGGAUUUGGGUUUCCUGUCUUGACUUCACAGUUACUCACAGCGCCUCCUAAUGUGAUUACGGCUAUAGCGACUGUCUUGGGCGGUUAUUUAGCAGACAAGUAUGAUAAUAAGCGUGGUGUAUUGAUGACAACUGGAUUUUCUAUUGCAUCGCUUGGAUACAUGCUACUUCUUAUACUGCAUGGACGUUGGGCUCGUUACACUUCUUUGUUUAUCAUUCCUCUUGGUAUAGGGUUGCAAGCACCUGCUAAUGUUGGAUGGUCAGCCAUCAAUUUCCCUAGACUCGAAAUUCGAGUGAUUGCAGUGGCUGUUGUCGUCAUGAUAGGCAAUUCAGGGAGUGUAGUUGCCUCCUAUCUCUACCCUCUUCAUCAUGCUCCUCAUUAUUAUAUGGGGAAUACAUUUAAUCUAUGUGUUGCUAUCUCAGGAGCACUCUUUUCAGCACUUACAAGCUAUCUUUUAUACAGACAAAACCAAAAGCUUGAGCAAGCAUCAGACAAGGAAAAAGACACAAGAUUUAGGUAUUAUUAUUAAAGAUACAU